AUGGCGCGUAACGAGGAGAAGGCGCAGUCGCUGCUGAACCGAUGGACGUCCAUGAAGCAGGACUUCGCGGACACCUUCAAGAAUCGGAGGCCGUAUUUGGCCUCGCAGUGUGACACCCUCAAGGAUGCUGAGCGCUGGAGACGCCAGAUUAUCCGCGAGAUCUCUAAGAAGGUGGCAGAUAUUCAAAAUGCCGGCUCAAGCGAGCACGUGAUCCGAGACCUGAACGAUGAGAUCAACAAGCGCAUCCGUGAGAAGCGCCAUUGGGAGCGGAGAAUCGCGCAACUAGGAGGUCCAGACUAUUCCAAGUCGCAGCCACAGUCCUACGAUGCAGAUGGCACUCCUGUGAGUUCGGUUGGAGGAUACAAAUACUUCGGCGCCGCUAAGAACCUCCCAGGCGUACGCGAACUCUUCCAGAAGGAGGACGUCGAGCCUCGAAAACGCACUCGCCAGCAUAUGUACAAGCACAUCAAACCAGAUUACUAUGGAUUCCGGGAUGAUGACGACGAACAGCAGCUUAAGGACGAGGAUGAAGCGGAGAAAAGGCUACGACAGCGAGCUAUGGACGGCUGGGACGCCGCUGAGGCGAAGCGCAAGACUCAGGUUGCAGAGCUGGUACGAGUACCGGCAGCAUGA